UUCAGUGUGUUUUAGACAUCUGUAAUUACUGUUUGGUGGUGUUCAGUGGGUUGUUUUUUUUUUGAGUGUUCUUUUCAAACACAAACAAAAUUAACACAUUUCGAUAAAUAAAUCAAACAAACAAAAAGUCAAAACAAAUUUGACUAUUUCGAAUGAAAUAAUGUCGUCAGCUGAAGUUGGUGAAUUAGUGAAUGCGUUAGGGACAAAAGCCAAUAUCAAUUCAAUUUCAGAUGUUCCUGUUACAGAUCCUGGUUCCACUGUCAAGGAGUUAACCAACAAAACCGCGUUCAACCACAAAACUUCCAAUAAGUUGGAAUCUAAGUCUGGUGCUUUGAAAAAAACAAGUAGAUAUCGAAGCCGAUCGCUAUCCGCAUCCUCAACGGACUCGUAUAGCUCAGCUUCGUACACAGGAAGUAGUUCCGAUGAAGAUGAUGUUUCACCACGAGAAAAAAUCCAAAGUAAUUCACGUGGUUUUUCCGAUUUCUGUGUCAAGAAUAUCAAUCAAACUGCCUUUGGUCGAAGAGAAAUUGAAAUUGCCGAACAAGAAAUGCCUGGAAUAAUGGCUUUACGUAAAAGAGCAUCCGAUGACAAGCCAUUAAAGAAUGCCAAAGUGGUUGGCUGUACUCAUAUAAACGCUCAAACAGCUGUCCUUAUUGAGACGUUAGCCGCGCUGGGCGCAAGUGUACGUUGGGCAGCCUGUAACAUAUACUCAACACAGAACGAGGUGGCCGCAGCUUUAGCCGAGGCUGGUUUCAGUGUGUUCGCGUGGCGUGGCGAAACGGAAGAGGACUUUUGGUGGUGUAUUGAUAAAUGUAUAAAUGCUGAGAAUUGGCAACCAAACAUGAUUUUAGACGAUGGAGGUGAUGCCACACAUCUGAUGUUAAAAAAAUAUCCAGCUAUUUUUAAAUUAAUUAAAGGAAUUGUUGAGGAAAGUGUGACAGGGGUACAUCGAUUGUAUCAAUUGAGUAAAGCUGGUAAAUUAACAGUACCAGCAAUGAACGUUAAUGAUUCCGUAACUAAAACAAAAUUCGACAAUUUAUAUAGUUGUCGAGAAUCGAUUAUCGAUAGUUUAAAACGAUCCACAGAUGUUAUGUUUGGUGGGAAACAAGUUGUCCUUUGUGGAUAUGGUGAAGUUGGUAAAGGAUGUUGUCAAGCGCUUAAAGGCUUAGGCUGUAUUGUUUAUAUUACGGAAAUCGAUCCAAUUUGUGCUUUGCAAGCAAGCAUGGAUGGUUUUCGAGUUGUUAAAUUAAAUGAAGUAAUUCGAACAGUUGAUAUUGUGGUCACUGCAACUGGAAAUAAAAAUGUUGUGACCCGCGAUCAUAUGGAUAAAAUGAAAAAUGGCUGUGUUGUUUGUAAUAUGGGACAUUCAAAUACAGAAAUUGAUGUUAAUAGCCUUCGUACACCAGAUUUAACGUGGGAAAAAGUACGAUCUCAAGUGGACCAUGUAAUCUGGCCCGAUGGUAAACGCAUUGUUUUACUAGCCGAGGGACGCCUCGUUAAUUUAAGCUGUUCCAGUGUGCCUUCCUUUGUAGUAUCAAUAACGUCCGCCACCCAGGCGUUAGCAUUAAUUGAACUAUUUAAUGCUCCUCAAGGUCGUUAUAAAUCCGAUGUUUAUUUGUUGCCUAAAAAAAUGGAUGAAUAUGUUGCAAGCUUACAUUUACCAACGUUCGAUGCUCAUUUGACAGAAUUAUCAGACGAGCAAGCGAAAUAUAUGGGACUUAACAAAGCUGGACCAUUUAAGCCUAAUUAUUACAGAUACUAGGGUCAAUUUGGAUUGUAUUAUUUGAGACAAAUUUUAAAUAGGAGAAUCCAAAAAUAAAUUAGAUACAAACACAAUUUAGGAAAAAAUUUAUUCAGCUUGUUUUGUCCAAAAAAUUGAUCAUUCGGAUUCACACUCACAUACAUACAUACUAACAUUACCAUACACAAAAUCAAUUUUUAUAAAUAUAUUUUGGACGAUUUUAUGCAAAAAUUUUAUCUUUAUCAGUGGUCCGAAUAUUUA